AUGAAUAAGGAUGACAAGAGCAUCGAUAUUGAUAAACUAGAGAAUGAUAAUGCCACUAAAUUCCUCGUCGAUGACAGCUUUAAAGAUAACUUUGAUGAUGAAGGUUCCACAAGUGAAACAUCAGCGACUCAUGUGGCUUCGAGUGCGGAGAUGAGAGAGGCAAUGAAUGGUUUUCGUAGCGACAAAAGAGUUCGACUCCUGAGAGAUGUAGCUUUGAUGCUACUCUUACUCAGUGCUUUGUUUGUGUCGACAGGUGUAUAUUUCAGUCUCACGUCGUCAGAAAGACGUGAAUUCGAGAAUACCUUCGAUGACCAAGCAACACAAGUGGGUCAUGACCUUGCAAAUCAAUUGGAGGCAAAAUUGCGGGCAUUGGAUGCAUUCUCAGUUUCAAUCACUUCUUAUGCUCGACAAGUAUCUACCAACUGGCCAAAUAUCACAGUGCCCGAUUUUGCCGAAAGAGCAGCAAGCACAUUGCGAGCCAGUAAGGGAACGGCUUUGGCAAUACACCCCGUGGUGAAGGGCGAGGACUUGAUGAAGUGGGAAGAGUAUGCGGUACAAAACCAAGCUUGGCUAGAAGAAUCUCUCGACUUCCAAUCAAGACAGUCUCCAAAGGUACUAGGAGGCUCCAGCACUAGAAACAGUGCUGCAAACGUGAUAUCUCAGUUUGUAUAUCGAGUUGUUGAUGGGAGUCCGACAGAAGUAGACGGCUCCGAUACCCGACUCCCAUUGUGGGAGCAUUUCCCUUCUCAUGAUGGGCUGCCUCCAGUAAACUACGAUGCACUGUCUAAUCGGUUGCAUGAAGAUGCCCUCGAUGUUGUGAUGGACGAUGGUUUACCGGUGCUUGGUCUGGCGUUCGAUGUAUCUAAGAGUUUCCAUGGCCUUGCAAUUGACGUUCUCGAAGAUGAUUUUUACCUUUCGAACUGGUCUGAGAUCUGGAGUUCGACUAACACCACCGACAGGGAUGGUGAGCGAAAACUACGAAAAUCGUAUCUUGAUCGCACGAACCCAGAGGCUGUCAUCCACAAAGAAGACCUUGACCAACUAGACGGCCAACUGCAACACAUUCCUGAUGAGAGAAGCCGGCACAGCGAUAAUGAUGGUCCAGCAGUCAACCUAUGGUACCCCAUACUCUCAAGUUCUUCUGAGAACCAGACUGUUGUAGCAGUUGUCAGUUUGACUGCAACCUUGGGCUCCUUCAUCGAUGCCAGUCUUUCGCACUUCAAUGGUCUGGUUCUGGUCAUCGCCAAUGGUUGCAGGCAAGAGAUGACUUUUGAAUUCAUCGAUGGUGAGGCUAUUUACCUCGGCCCUGGCGAUUACCACGAUCCAGAAUUUGAAGAUUACAGGCAGCGGUUCGAUUUGAUCCUAGCUGAAGAUGUGCAAUUAUCAAGUACAUUUUGCCCAUAUCGCGCAUUUGUGUAUCCGUCCAACCGCAUGAGCCAAGAGUACGCUUCAGGAAUGCCACCUUUCUUUUCGAUUCUCAUUGCAACAGUAUUCCUCUUCACUAUUUUUGUCUUCAUGGCAUACGACUAUCUAGUCGACCGCCACCAAAAGAAUCUUGCAGAAAAAGCCACCAGGACUACCGCGAUUGUAUCUAGUCUCUUUCCAAAAAUUGUUCGAGAUCGACUCUUCGAAGAGCAAACAAAAGCUAGUCCAUUGCCCAAGAAAAGGCAAUUCAUGAAUAGACCUCAACUACUCAGUGUCCAAGAAUCCUCUCGCAAUGUGAACAAGGUUCAAGGCUCUAUUGCCGAUCUUUUCCCUAACACAACCGUCAUGUUUGGUGAUAUCGCUGGAUUCACGGCAUGGAGCAGUUCCAGACAACCAUCCGAGGUUUUCAUGCUCUUGGAAAAUUUAUAUGGGGCACUUGAUAAAAUAGCAAGGGCAAUGGAUGUCUUCAAAGUUGAGACGAUUGGAGAUUGCUAUGUAGCGGUAACCGGUUUGCCAAGUCCACAAGCAGACCACCAUUUGCGUAUGGUAAGAUUUGCUCGAUACGCACUCCAGAAAAUAUCUGUGGUGACCCAUGACAUGGAGGUGUCGUUGGGACCGGACACAGCCAACUUGGGAUUUCGGAUUGGGCUGCAUUCUGGGCCGGUGACUGCGGGAGUACUCAGGGGAGAGAAAAGCAGGUUUCAAUUGUUCGGAGACACAGUGAACACGGCAUCUCGAAUGGAGUCCCUGGGAAAUCGAAACCAAAUCCAGGUGUCCCAAGCGACAGCCGAUCUUAUUGCUGCCUCUGGGAAGUCGCAUUGGAUGAAGAAACGAGAAGAGCUGAUUGAGGCAAAAGGAAAGGGGAAAGUGCAAACAUACUGGAUCAAGACUGCAAGCAAAUCUUCCGAUGGUGCUGAAUCAAAUGAUUUCGAUCCGCAACCCGAAGCUGCAAUACAUGAUAUCAAGCAUAAUGUCCGGCAGUCACUGAUUGACUGGCAAGUAGAACUCCUUUCCAAACUUUUGAAGCAGAUUGUACUGCAUCGGAAUUUGCUCCAACCCACGAAGUCAAAACCAAUCAAGUACAUGGAGACAAGCAAGUCUGUACCAAGAGAUGAGAUCGCAGAAAAGAUCUCUAUGCCCGCUUUUGAUCCCACGAAGGAGACGUCCGAAAGUAUGGAAUCAGUCGAUCUUCAGCAAACUGUUGUGAGACAACUGGAGGAUCUAAUUGCAACAUAUGCCGGUUUGUACCAUGACAAUCAUUUCCACAGUUUUGACCACGCCUGUCACGUGACAAUGAGCGCGAACAAACUGCUACAACGAAUCGUCUUUCGGCCAAAUGCAGAAAACGAGUUUUCUAAGGAGGCCCAUGAUUACACGUAUGGCUUAGCGUCAGAUCCCUUGACACAAUUUGCGAUUGUUUUCUCUGCAAUUGUUCAUGAUCUAGACCAUUCGGGAGUGAGUAAUAGUCAGCUCACAAAGGAAAAUAACCGCUUGGCGGUCAUGUAUGGCGGAAAGAGCGUCGCCGAACAAAACUCUGUCGAUCUUGCAUUCGAGGUGCUGAUAUCACAAUCCUACUCGGACUUGGUUUCUUGCAUUUGUGCCGACGAAAAGGAAUACAUCCGGUUCCGACAGCUCGUCAUCAACUGUGUUAUGGCUACUGACAUAUUCGACAAGGAUCUUCUGUCUCUUCGAAACUCGCGGUGGAACAAGGCCUUCAGUUGCGAUGAUGAGUCAGCAUCGGACCUAAAGGCAACGAUUGUGAUUGAACACAUCAUUCAAGCUGCUGAUGUUGCCCAUACCAUGCAGCAUUGGCAUGUGUACCAAAAGUGGAAUGAAAAACUCUUUGCCGAGAUGUGCGCAGCUUAUGAGUCUGGUAGAGGGUGCGAAAAAAAUCCAGCUACCACAUGGUACGAGGGCGAGCUUUGGUUUUUUGACAACUAUGUGAUACCUUUGGCAAAGAAAUUGGACGACUGCGGAGUCUUCGGGGUCAGCAGCGAUGAGUGCUUGAACUACGCUGUUCAGAACCGCAGCGAAUGGGCUUCGAAAGGCAAGGAGGUUGUAAAACAGUUCUCGAAAAAGUACAGUGGAACCAUGAGUCAGUGA